CCCUUAAUUUCUCAUCAACACACAAAAAAUUUCAAGAAAUUAUAAAAAAAAAAUGUCGACUAAAAUCAAAGAGAGUUUACUAAUAAUUGGAGUUAAAAUUUUCACGUUGUUCCUCUUACUAGACAAAAGUAAAGCCGAACAAUGUGGAAUGCAAGUAGAUUUCAAGUUUAACUGCACGGAAGGUUAUUGUUGUAGUAAAUUUGGGUGGUGUGGCACCACCCAAGAUUACUGCGGCGAAGGCAAGUGUCAAAGCCAAUGUCCCAAGCCUUCACCUCCUCCACCGCCUUCUCCUCCUCCACCUCCCAUGCCACCUAGUCCUAUAACGGAUUUUUUCACUCAAGAGUUGUUCGAAGAAAUGCUUUUGCAUCGAAAUGAUUUUCGAUGCAAGUCUAAUGGGUUCUAUACUUACUAUGCCUUCAUUACUGCUGCUGUUUCUUUUCCCGAGUUUUGUAAUACAGGGGACCUUGAUACUAGGAAGCGCGAACUUGCUGCUUUCUUUGGCCAAACCUCUCAAGAAACCACAGGUGGAUGGCCAACUGCAGAAGACGGACCGUAUGCAUGGGGAUAUUGCUUCAUUAAAGAAGAAACCACAACCGAUUAUUGUGUUACUCCAAAUGAAUGGCCUUGUGUUCCUGGGAAGAAGUACUAUGGUCGUGGACCUAUUCAGCUUAGCUACAACUACAAUUAUGGACAAGCAGGGGAGGGACUAAACUUGCCACUUCUUUCAGAUCCAGAUCUAGUCGAAAAAGACCCGAUUAUUGCAUUCAAGACGGCUAUAUGGUUCUGGAUGACACCCCAGUCACCCAAGCCAUCUUGCCACGACGUAAUGACUGGGCAAUGGGUACCAAGUAAGGCAGACAAAGAUGCAGGUCGACUACCUGGUUACGGCGUAACCACAAAUAUAAUCAAUGGUGGCCUCGAAUGUAACAUACCAGCACCAGAUACACGAGUUGAGAAUCGUAUUGGAUUUUACAAGCGUUACUGUGAUAUUCUUAAUGUUACUUAUGGUGACAACCUCGAUUGCUACCAUCAAAGACCUUUUAAUUGGGGUUAUUAUCUAUCUCGUGGAGGUGCAUUUUCGGCCUAGCUACAUCAUCGAUCAUUAAGUUGAUUAUGGUACAAUAAUGCAAGGAGUAUGUUGUAUGUACUAGUAAGGUCAUUAUCUAUAUGUAUGUACAACAUACAAUAUAUAAUAAGGUAGUGUAUAAACUCCAUAGCCUGCAUUAAUUGUUGCAUAAUCAAUAGUCAUGGUCUCAUGGAUCGGACCUCGUGAUGUACUAAUCUUCUAAAAUAAAUAAAUAAACGGGUUUAUGAACACUCCACUUUAUUUA